AUGUUCCUCGUCUUGGAGUACUGUGCUGGUGGGGACCUCUCGCACCACAUCAGGCGCGGUGGGGCGGUGAAAGAGGCAGCUGCGAGGCACUUCAUGCGGCAGCUGGGAGCAGGGCUGCAGGUGCUACGCGCAAACAAUUUGAUUCACAGAGACUUGAAACCACAGAACCUCCUGCUCUCUGAGCGCACUUCUGCUGCAGUGCUCAAAAUCGCAGACUUUGGAUUCGCCAGGUCGCUGCAGCCACAGGGCCUGGCGGAAACACUGUGCGGUUCCCCCCUGUACAUGGCGCCAGAGAUUCUGCAGUGCCAGCGAUACGACGCCAAGGCGGACUUGUGGAGUGUGGGCGCCAUUCUGUUUGAACUUGUUGUGGGGCGACCUCCCUUUGGCGGCCAGAAUCAUGUGCACCUGCUGCAGAACAUAAAAAGAAGCGAGGCGAGGGUUCCGCGUGACAUUGCUGCCACUCUCUCCGACGACUGUCUCGGGCUCAUCCGCUCUCUGCUCAAGCGGAACCCCGUGGAGCGAUUGUCGUUUGAACAGUUCUUCAACCAUCCGUUCCUUGGCUUAGCAAGUUCCCCACAGUCGAUCUGGCAACCACCAGCCUCCUUCACCAAUCCAGCUGCUCAGACCGAACCUCCGGCACUCCAUACCGAACCUUCACCGUACUCCGCCGAACCUCCGCCAUCCUCCGCCGAACCUCCGCCUCCGCCACAGAGUUCCAGGCGUCCUCCGGCUGUUCCUGCCCCUUCAAAUCCUGCUAGUGCCACAGCCCCUUUGGCUCUUGCUGCUUCUCCUGGUGCAGAGGGGGUUGCGCCUGGUCCUCCAAUCUUUCCAUCCCUUACUCCCCCUCCUUAUACCCCCCCGCCUCCCCCUUCCCUUACUCCCCCUGCCCCUGUUCCCCCGCUUCCCCCUCCCCUUCCCCCCCCUGCCUUGCCUGCCCCCCGCACUUCCCCAUCAUCCGCCCCACCUUCUUCCCCUUAUCGCUCCGUUUCCCCACACCUUCCCCCGGGCCCCUCGCUUCCUGCUGCUUCUAUCCCUGUUUCAGCUGCCACUGUAAAUAAUGCUGUGUCUGGUGCUGUUAGGGGGGAUUCGUAUAAGGAGGAUAGUGAUCCAUGGGGGGUGGUUGCUGUGGGUGGUGGUAAUGUUGAGGGCGGGGGAGGGAGUGGGGGAGAGGAUGGAGGGGGCGGCACGGACUCGUUCGAGAUGCUCGAGGGGGACUAUGUGGUCGUGGACCAUCCAUCCGAACCCUCUCUCUCUCUGUCCGCCGACCAAUCUGCCAACAACCCAUCUCUCUGCCAGUCCCAACAGGGGGUUUGUCAAGGCAGCAAGGCAGCAGAAGCACCACUAGCAAUCCGAACCACUGCGAUCCAAACCAGCGCAAUUGCUGCCGCUGCUGCGGCGGCUCCUUCACCACUCCCCACCGCACCAUCCCCCGCAGCACCACUCCCCACUGCACCAUCCCUCACUGCACCCCUCUCCACCGCACCACGCUCCGGCUUGGCUCUGGCUGUUAGCCUUGGCACGCCUCGCACAUCCUCCCUCACCCCUCCUCCGCCUGCCAGCCUCUGCAGCCCAGCAGCAGCCAGCGUAAGCAUUGGUGCGCCUGUGCCAGCACAUAGUGCUGCUGCCGCUGUGGGCUCAGACCAGCCAGGAGCUGCUCUAGCUGAAGGGAUGGAAGGCCACGUCGUGCUGGGUGGGAGCCCGAGCACAGGAGCAACAUUUCAACGUGAAGUACUGAGGGAAAAACCACAGCAGCAGGGGCAGGAGCAGGAGCAGGAGCAGGUGUUUCAGCUGCAGCAUCCUCAGGAGCGGAUUGCCUUUCUCAGGCAAAGCGGGUGCUACAUUGCAGAAAUUGCUGCGAGCAAGCUGGAAGCAGCAGCGCCGCUUGCCUCGCUCUCCCUCCACCUGGUCGCUCUUGCAGUGUGGAAGGAGGCUCUCACCCUCUCCCACGAAUGGGCUGCCACCAGUGCCACCAGCACCACCAGCGCCACCAGUGAUACUUAUAACGGUGGUGCUUAUAGUGGUGAUGCUUAUAAUGGGGGUGCUUAUAGCGGUUCUGGAGGAAUGAUUCCAGUGCGCAGGAGCAGCAGCGUGGGGGGCCAUGGGGGCAGUAUGGGGGGGCAUGGGGGCAGCAUGGGCGCCCAUGGGGGUGGGGAGGAGGCAGCAGCAGCGAUGGCGUGUGACUUGGUGGAAGCAGAGUUCCUGGCAGCUGUGGAGGCAGCUGAAGUGGUUGCUGCUGCUGUUGACAGGGACGACCCAUCCCCUGUGCCGGAUGCUCUGGAAAUCAUUUAUCAAACUGCCCUCAUUGCUGGUCGCUCCGCUGCUGUGAGUGUGCCUUUCCUCUUUCCCGUCCUGCCUAUGCCACUUACGAGAAAUCUCAAACGACGGCUUUUUUUAGGCACCUCAGAAUUCUGCUGUUGUGAGGCAGCUCAAAGCUCUCCCCUCUCUCUUCCGCAGGUUCUUCUCGGCUUUAUCCUUGACUCGGCAUCUUCAGCAGCAGCCUACACACACCCCCUUCUUUCCGCUCUGUAUCCCUCCCCCUCCCACUGUUUUAUCUCCAUCUUUCCCCGCAGGUGGAGGAGUUGA